GUCCGUGACUCCCGCUGCGUUCAUUGGCGCGUCCCUCAAGCGUGUCACAACUUUUGGUGGAUUACCCCACUUCGCUCGCGCCUCGGACAGCAGUUUCUCUUCAGCGCAGCGUCCCUCCUGCUCCUCGAACUUCCCAACAGCUAAGCGAGCGAGGCGGCGACAUGCUCUCUUCACCGCUCCGCGACCUCCCUCUCCCCGGUGACCGGGCACACGGCGGCCUGGCGUCCGCGCUGCUGCUGCUCAGCGCGCUUGUACAGCUCCAGGGGCUCGGGGGGGCGGGUGCCGCGUGCUCCUCGUGCUCCGGGCCGACACCGGACGGCUCGGAUGAGAGUUUCCUCAUCGAGGCGGCCAAGAGGCAGAUCCUGAACAAGCUGCACCUGCGCGAGAGACCCAAUAUCACACACACUGUGCCACGCGCCGCGCUCGCCACCGCGCUGCGCAAACUGCACGCGGGACGCGUGCGGCCGGAUGGCACGAUCGAGCUGGACAACGGCGCUGCGAGCGCGCGUCUCAACGACCAGGCGUACGAGAUAGUCAGUUUCGCAGAUACGGAUGACAAGGGCUCCAGUGGCAUCGACCCCAGCCUGUCCUUCCAGUUCCUUCAAGAGCGUGGGCAGAGUGUGCAGGUGCUGCAGUCCUCACUGUGGUUGUACGUACGUCCGGCCGACGGACCACGCCCAGUCGCUCGUGUCUCCGCCCAGGUCUACCUGUCAGGCACAGGACAGGCCGGUAACCGCACCCUGCUUCUCCAGCGAAGCGUGGAGGUAGCACGAGGUGGCUGGCACACCUUCCCUGUCACCAGCACCCUGCAGGCCUUCUUGGACGGCGGGCAGCGGCGCCUACAGCUAGAAGUGCACUGUGAGGAUGGGGGCCAGAACCUGUGCAGCCAGGGCAAAGCAGACACAUCCCAGCAGCCCUUCCUGGUGGCGCAAGUGCGUCUCCGUGACGAUGAAUCCAAGCAUGCCCUGAGCAAGCGAUCACUGCGCUGUGGUGACGACGUCAGCGUCUGCUGCAAGAAAGACUUCUACAUCAAGUUCAGAGACAUUCAGUGGCAGGAUUGGAUCAUUGCGCCUGAGGGCUACCACAUGAACUACUGCAUGGGCCAGUGCCCGCAGCAUCUGGCCGGCUCACCGGGUAUCGCGUCCUCCUUCCACGCCACCGUCUUCAGCCAGCUGAAGGCAAAUGGCAUCCACACAGCUGUCUCAUCGUGCUGUGUGCCCAUACAGAGACGUCCACUCUCUAUGGUCUACUUCAACUCGCAGCACAGCAUCGUAAAGACUGACGUCCCAGACAUGAUCGUAGAGUCCUGUGGGUGCACGUAA